AUGUAUGUCCGUGAAGCCGUCUUGGUACUCAUGCGCGCAAGUUGCUGCUGCUUUCAGAUGCAGCGGAAGAAUCUGGAUGAGAUGCAGCGGAAGAAGCUGGAUGAGAUGCAGCGGAAGAAUCUGGAUGCGAGGCUGGAUGAGAUGCAGAGGAAACUUGAGCAAAUAGAGGCGCAUAUGAAGAUUAUGGUUUCUGGUUCUUCCUCCAUGACGACCUCCAUGGUAUCUGGUUCUUCCUCCAUGACGACCUCCAUAGUAUCUGGUUCUUUCUCUGUGACGACGGCUGUGAACCCGCCUCCUGGCGCAUUGGAUCUGCUGCGGUUUGUGGGCACCUGUGACAAUAAAGGUACUGCACUCUUCAUUGGACUCCCUGAUACGACCUUAGCACUGAGCCCACAACCGACGUGCAUCGUUGUGGGCUACAAAGACACGAUUGUGUGGAAGGAAGGCGAAGAAGUUACUGUGACGAUCAAUGGGCAGACUGUGAAAGGCGAAGUUGUUUCCCUGGUGCACCCCUGGGUGGCUGCUGUUGAGCUCUUGGAACCUCUGAAACUGCCUGGGGUGCCCCUCAUGCCGGGUGGGCCUCAAAACGAAGAGGCAGUUUUUGUGCGGCGGGCGCAGGAUGGGGCUGGGGGAGUUGAGCUCCCUGCGAUCAUCAAGAAGCUCUACCUAUCAAAUGAACCGGCUGGCAUCGUACCUGGUGUCCAAACGGGCGAUAUUAUCGUGAGAUGGGACUCGGCCAAGGAGCUCAGGGUGAGUGGGAUUGUUGUCAGGACAGACGAGGAUGGUAGUGUCUAUGGGCUCCCCAUCGACAACGCCACGGUGUUUUUCAUGGAGGCCUACAAGAAGGACUGGUACCGAGUAAAAUACCCAGGGCGACUCCAGGCGGUGGCACAGUAUCGGCCUACCAUGGCAUAG